GAAAGUUUUAGUUCGAGUUUUGCAUGUUCCUGUUGUUGGAAAGUCUUGCAACGUCAAAAUAGUAAUAAAUAUCGAUUUUUUAACAUUCUGACGAACCUCGCAUCGUAGAUGGAAUCUGUGCUUAGUGAAUGACCUCUUCUGAUUACAGAUGUUCAAUCACUGCUCCUUCACUUAGAUAGGGAUAAUGAGAUAUCCCGAGUUGUGAUUUUUAUACAGCUAUACAGGGUAACACAAUUAUGCCAAGCUUGAAAAUAUUUUAUUGUGGCGAUGGGGCGGCAUGGGCUGAGUAUGUAAGAGGCAGACUAGAGAAAGACAUACAUAGUUUGUCUCUAAAUCUUGAGACAGAAGACUGGAAUAAUGCCGAGAAGUCUGACUUUCUCCUUGUCAUAUUAACUCCUGCCCUUGUUGACAGAGUUGUCUCUUAUGAAAAGGAGUUCCUUCACGUGCAUAGUGUUGUGGCUGCCCCUUCUCGUACAUUUGGUCUUUACUGUGGAUGUGAUGAGAGUUACACAUGUAAAGUUCAGUGGGAUGACUUUGACAGCUGGACUUUUUCCAGCUUGGGGUCUGGUGAAUUGCCUGUGAUCGAUAGUGCAGUAGACAGUAUCAAGAAAUUUGUCACAAGUUCAGUUCAAGAUAAGAGUACAAAUAAUUCUGACGUGAAUGACAAUCCCAUGGCUAGGGUUUUGCAGGAAAUGCUGAAAAAAAAGCCAAAAAUAAGGGAGGCUGUGAAAACAGAUAACGAUUCAACAAGUUCGGUAGCCUCUGCAUCUAAAGUUGGGGUACAAAGUGUGACUGCUGAAGAAUCAACUGAUUUGCAACCAAGUAGAUCGGCAACAUCCCCUCGUUCACAAGGCAAAGAUGCACAAGUUGUAUCUAAAUGGGGUCAAAAAUCACUUCCGCCAAGACCUCCUGCUAAACCUAAGACUCUGAUUGCCACAUGUACUAAGAAUGACACUGAUCCCAAGCCCGUCGAAGAGGUACCUCCGUCCUCUAUCACACAUGAUAAACCUAAACCUCCUGCAAAGCCCCGAAAGGAUCAGUAUGUGGACACUGGCAGCAAGUGUGAACAAACUGCUAGCCCUUUGCCUCAACCAAAAUAUAGGAGUCAUUCUCUGCCCUCUGUAAAGCCAUUGACUACGCAGCUAGUGCAGAAGGAAACUAAUAAGCCAGGGGGAGAAGGGAGAACAGAUGCCAUCAGUUCAGCUGGUGCGAAGGAAUCCGAGAAGAAGAUGACAGAAUUUCGAAUAUUUCCUCGCAAAGUUCAAUACAAUGAUGAAAUCCUCAUUAUGUUACCAGAGCCUUCAACUGAACCUCAGCUGUCUAUCAAUAUCCAGAAUAGGAAGCAUGACCAAAGGGAUGGUAAAUCUGCUCUUCGAGUCAAUGGUUAUACUUUCUCUUUCUUUUUUGAUUGUGUUGACAUGUCUCCUGGUGAGCUCCAUAUCGCCGUGUUCGAGGGAAAGAAGACACAUCUGGGCAGUGCAAAGAUCCAGUACAAGUCAAGCAGUGACAUGAUCAGUGAAAUAUUACCGACACUCGCCACGCCUGUAGAAAUGAUGUGUGACAUUCUCAAUCUUGAUUCGGCAAACACGGCUGCACUUGAUCAACAUUUUACGCGAUCCUACUAUGAACAUAGCCCAAGACAAACAGGCCCAUUUUACAACUUUGCGAAUGGAAAUAUCUCUGAACGAAGUGACAAAGUCUUACCAACACUGCUUCAUCUGUCUGCAAAGUUUGGCUUAAUGGAGUUUGCCAAGCUGCUGAUAACAUUCCCCUCGGCAAGCCUGGCGUACAGGAUGGACAACCGUGAUGGUCUCAGUCCUAAGGAUAUCGCAGAUGUAGAAAAACAUGCUGACCUCGUAAAGUUCUUCGAAAACUAUGAAAUUGCAAUAAUGGACCAUGAGACCAACUUGAUCUAUGAAGAUAUGAUGACGGAUAACACUACCAAUUCCGGUAUUCCUGAAGAGGAUAUUUACCUCAGUAUGCACGAAGCCUAUCCGCCAAAAUAUCCAGUCGAAUCCACCCUGGACCAGCAAAGCAUCUAUGACUAUCAUCCUGAACCCCAUAAAGUGCGGAAGUGCCUGAAGGUUGUCAUGAAACAUGAUGAGGAUAGCAACAGCGAUGAGGGACCGAACUUACGGAUUCCUAAGGAUGAGUUUGCGCCAGGGAGGUCGCGGUCGGAUUCUGUUGAAAGUGAUGGUUCGUGUUAUCUUGAUAUGAACGGACUGCCUAUUAAGAAGCAUUUCGAUCAUGAGGAUGAUGAUGAUGAUGAUGACUACAUUGAUGGGGAACUAAUAAAUGGAAAGAAAAUAGGGUCUGGGACCCCAUCUGAUAUGUCUGAUAGUGAUACUGGUGAAAGAGACUAUCUGUCUCUUGAAGCAGUGGUAGGUGUGACCCCUGCUGUUCAAGGAAUGCAAGAAGGCGGUGAAAAGAAGCAACGCCCUUUACCACCGCCACCACCACCACAACCCACCUCUGUAACUUCUCAAAUACCAAGAUCUGCUCAGUCACUAUUGGAUGCGCCUGCAGAAGAAGAAAAUCCCUAUUCCGAGCAAAGUUCGAGUAUGGCAGAGUUAAUUUCUAUACAAGAUGAAUUCAAGAAAGGCAUGUUUAGUCAUGAGCAAACGCUUAGUAGAUUCGAACAUUGGAAAGCAAAGUUUGAUAAUGGUACCUCAAAGAGUUUGAAAACCAGAAUGAGCAACUUGCAAAGAUUCCGACGUUAUUUCGCAGAUAAAGGAUCGAAGAAAGAAGUUAUAGAUAUCACUCAUUUUAAGUCGCCAAAAGUACCGCAGCCUAAGAACCUAUCACGAGCACCUGAGCCACUCCCUCGAGAAGAAUUGCGCCUUGGUCGUCCAAAGCCCUUUCUGAAAAAAAGGUCCGAUAGUUCUCGAUCGGUUAGCUCUGCAAGCAGUGGCUCAAGGACUUCCAACCUCAGUCAACUGAGUGUGGGCGACAGCGGAAACGUGACAGAAGAGAUCUAUGAAGAAUAUGGUUCCGACCACUGUACAAUUACAAAUGCACCAAAGGCCACAACAAACAUAUACUCGGCAUCACCGGCAUCGCGCGCUGAUUCUCCACCCCCACCAGUUCCUCCACGCAACGCAUCAAUUCCAGGACCACCUAUUGUUCGGCAGCUACCGAUUCCACCACCCCUUUUAGGCCGCCCGACAUGGCCUGGUGGUCAAGAUGAUGAUGACGACGAGAUCGAGGGUUUGCCACCAGCGCCUGCUGUGCCACCCCUACCUCCCAGGAAUUACUGAGGAUGAAAAAACAUCUCUGCUGCAGUUAUGUUUAUGCAUCAUGAGCGACAGACACAUUUAAAGUGUUUUUCAGAUAGAUCUGGCCGAAGGUACUUCACUGACCUCUUGUCACUAAACUGUAACAGUGUGAUCACAAAUACGUGUAGUAAUGUUAGACAGCCUUUGGCAGCCGGUGUCAUAGUUGACACCGUGAAAGAGCUUUGGCUCGGGUAACCUAAGGAUAACUUAUGCAAGUAUCAAUUCGUUUCUUGUACCCCCCCUCCUCAAGGGUAGUUAAGCUAUCACCACUAAUCUUUGCCGAUGCUUGAGUAGUAUUUAUUUUUCCUUUAGUGAAAAUUUUGCGAAGCUGGAAAGAAUAAGGAUGCUAAUGUGUCGAUGUCUUGUCGAACAUACAGCCUUACCCAGUAAAAUUAGUCCGGUUACUUUAUAUGAUGGUGAUAACUGAUAUAUUGUUGAUGGUGAUGUCUUGACGAAAGAAAAAGUAGCAUUGGUGAAAAAAGGGUGAUGCUUGAGCCUUAAGAUGUCGUUAUAGGGUGAUAAGGUGUCGUACCCUUGAGGAGGAGGGGGGGUACAAGACACGAAUUGAUACUUGCAUUAAGAGUUGUGCAAUAUCACUAUCAUUUGGUAAAUGUGAUCUGGUCACAUUCCUGAGUUCAACUAAGUACCUUUGGCCAGAACGUUAUAAGAAACACUACACUCUUUUGAUAAUUGCUGAAUUCCUAAGACUUCUGUCAGUCAAUUGCUACAGCAUACCAGGUAUAGCAUCUUGGCAUGGAUAUACUCAAAUCUUUUCUUGCCCUUGGUUAGUCAUAACACAAAAAUGAUGUGAGUGAAGUAAUUGAAUUGAUUUCAAUAAUGGUAAUAUUGUUUACUUCUUUAUAGUAUUCUUGAAUAUGGUGCAUGUAAUAGACCUACCAAGAAUAAACAAAAGCUAAGUUUUUUAAAGCAAAACAGCCACACCUUAUCUGACAUUAGGUACCAAUUUUUAUGCUGAAUUCCAACAAAUCACUGAAUUGUGAUAUUGACUGCUUCAGUAUUUUGCACAAAUCAAAGCGAUUAUGGUCACCUUAAACCACAACCCGCUGCUGCCAGAACGAGGCUCAGCGCUCAUACACUGUAAACAGCGCCACCUUGUCACCAAUGUGUUUUGAUAUGUAUAAUUUACAACGAGGUACAAUAUAUGUCAUAAAAACUAGAAAAAAUGUAACAGGAAGAGAGACCCGACUUCAUAAGUCUAAUUUAUUCUUGGUAAAACCUAUCUGCAAUGCCUAUGUAUAUAAGCUUACUGAUAUAUUUUUUAUAACUCAAGAGGAUAUAUUUUGUUACAAUUUGUGCUAUUAUUAUCUGUAAAGGUAUUAAGCCCUACAUAUUUUCGAAAACCUUAAUAUUCUAUAAAGGUAGAGCCUUUCAUAUUUUCGAAAUCUUUAAUAUUUUAUGAAGGUAGAGCCUUUCAUAUUUUCGAAAAACUUAAUGUAUUUACCUGCCUGACUGUUGUGAUUGUGAUAGUUAUUUUGGUAAUAGUAUUUAUAAAGACGACAGAAUUGUAAACCGACAAAUUUUUGCAAGCAUUAAUGUUCUUUGAUUCUCAGAUAACCUCGAUUUGCAAAACACUUUUGAACUGGAAUUGAAAUAGCUGAACGAAAUUUUGUAAAUUUACCAAAAUAAAAGUUGUGGAAUUUUCAAAUUCAAAAGUGCAAAGAUUUCCAAGUUUACAGUGUUAACUGUGAUAAACGUGUCUUGACAGAAUUGUGAUAUAUUUUCUUAUGUACGGUUUUCAGUUGCUGGCAAUCAAAUGAAGAUCAACCAAGGGCCUUUAUUCUCAGGCACAUAGGUAUUCAGGUGUCUCAUGUUGUACCGUGGUUUCUAGCUUGUUUAUUUGUGAAAUGAUUUGUUUGUGAUAGUAUUGUUUAUAUAAAUGUGCAUGCUUGUGAACUUACAAUUUACUUUAAUUUGGCUAAUGAUGAUUGCAAGUUAUUGAUAGAGGCUAUACAUUAACUGACAAUUUUUGUGGUUAUCUACAUGUAUGUGGGCACAAAGCACUUUGUUGUCCACUACAGUUAUUUUACAGUAUUCAUACACAAGGCAGUGCUUUAAAGUUAUUCAUUUGUUGUCACAGAGCGACCGACGUUCAUGUAUAAAGCAGUGCUUUAAAAUUAUUUAUUUGUUGUGGGCUGUUAUUUUCGUUUUUGAGACUAAUUAAUGUGAACAUUGAAUUGCCCGAACUAUUUAAUUGUCAUGAUUACUGCAUAAUAAACAUAAUUUUGGUUGAUUUCCCCAAAUUAGAUCAUUCAAAAUGAUAGGUAGAAUUGCCGUGGCUCGAUGUGUUUCGAUUUUAUAUUGAUAUCAUUUAUAGCUCAAAUGUAUCUUCCUAUACAUUUCCAAUAAUAAAGGUGGACUUCACAUGUAGUCUAAUCAUGAUUUACAAUAUUGUGUACCCGAGCCAAGAACACAGCCUCUAUCAUAAUCUAAUGGUUAUGCUGUCAUUAGCUAAGAUUUAGAAUGAAUCUCAGAUACCCGGGCAAAAAUGUGUUUCUAUUAUAAAUGUGGAUUUAAAUGUGUUUCAGAGCCCAGGGCCGGGUUGUUCAAAAGUACAAAAGUCACGUUAUCCUUAACGGUUACAUUAAUUAUCCUUAAGGACGUUAUCUCUUUCAGUUAAACCCAUUAAAAUGUUCCCGUUAAGACUCACAUUUGUAAUGUCUCCGUUAAAGCUAACGUUAUUUGAACAACACGACCCGGGGG